AUGAUGUCGAACUGUCGCGCCUCUCGCCGGCGCUCGUCCGUCGCCCCGGACGGCAAAGUCCCCUUCCCGUCACAGCAGCUCUUCGUGCUAGCAUUAUGCCGUAUCGCCGAGCCCAUCGCCUUCAUGUCCAUCUUCCCGUACAUCUACUACAUGAUCUCGUCGUUCGGAAUCACCAAGGAUGAGAAGCAGAUUGCCAUGUACGCCGGCAUGGUGACGUCCGCCUUCGCCUUCGCCGAAUUCAUGACGGGCGUCAUGUGGGGACGCCUCAGCGACCGCUUCGGACGGAAGCCAAUCCUGCUCACUGGACUCGCCGGCACGGGGCUGAGCAUGCUCAUGUUCGGAUUCGCGCAGAACCUGCCAAUGGCGCUGCUGGCACGCGCCCUGGGCGGCCUGCUUAACGGCAACAUCGGUGUGCUCCAGACGACGGUCGCCGAGGUCGUGACGGUCGAGUCGCAACAACCGCGCGCAUACUCCAUCAUGCCAUUUGUUUGGUGUCUAGGCUCCAUAAUAGGCUCUGGCCUCGGAGGCACCCUUGCUCAGCCCGCCAAGGGAUACCCUACCGUCUUCCUCCCCGGAUCCCUGUUCGACAAAUUCCCCUACCUGCUUCCGAACCUGGUCUGCGCUGGCGUCGUUUGCUUCAGCUUGAUCGUCGGCAUUCUAUUCCUGGAGGAGACGCAUGAGGACAAGAAGGAUCGGUUUGACCUUGGUUUGGAGAUUGGAAAAUGGAUUAUGCGCAAGGUCCGCGGCCAGAGCGAGCCCGAGCUCAGCAUUGAUGCGAAGAAGACGUACUUGGAGGAGGCUUGCUACCUGCUGGCGGAGGAAUCGGAGGAUGAGCAGCCGCCGGGCUACAGGUCGACUGAGGGGUCGCCGCGUCUUCCGACCAAUUCCAGCGCCUCGUCGCUCCGUAUGCCGCCAAGGGCUGCCCCGAAGCCCUCGAUGCGCUCAGCGUUUACCCCGCAGGUGAUGCUGAACAUCGUCGGCUACGGAAUCCUGGCCUUCCACACCAUCUCCUUUGAGCAGCUUCUACCCGUCCUCCUCAGCAUGCCCAAGUCGACCGAGCCGCCAAACCUUCCGUUCAAGUUCGUCGGCGGAUUCGCGCUUCCUACCAAGACCAUCGGGUUCAUUUUGUCGGCUCAGGGGUUCUUCCAGAUGAUUGUGCAGAUUUUCAUCUUUCCUGUCGUCAGCCGGAAAUUCGGCCCUCUCAAGACGUUCCGCGCAGUCAUCAUCGCAUACCCGUUCCUGUACACUCUGACGCCGUAUCUGACUCUCCUGCCGGAGACGAUGCGUAUGUCUGGCGUCCUCCUGGUCCUGAUCUGGAAGGUGACUGCGCAGUCGCUGGCCUACCCGCCGCUGGCCAUCAUGCUGGCGAACUCGGCGCCUUCGAAGAAGGUCCUCGGCACGCUCAAUGGCGUUGCCGCGUCGUCUGCCAGCCUCUGCCGCGCGUUCGGUCCCACGGUUUCGGGCGGUAUCCAGUCUGCUGGUCUCAGUCUGGGGUACUCGGGCCUUUCCUGGUGGACCUGCGCGCUCGUCGCAAUCAUCGGCGCGACGGAGAGCAUCUGGAUGCGUGAGGUCAAGACGCGGUUCGAGAAGAGCGAGAGCGAGGCUCCCAGCCAAUACCACCAGGAUGAGGAGGCCGACAUUGGCGAGCCGCUUCUCAACCCGGCCGCCCUGAGCGCCUCCAACAUUGCCUCGGACGGGCCGCCGAUGCAGGGCGGGCAGACGCUCUACGACGGCUCAGUUUCCGACUCGGACGAGGAGUACGGAAACACUACCCACAAGGAGCAUUUCUGA